CGUGAGAGAGAUUUCAAUAUUUCUCGCCGAGUCACCCCCUUCUUUCUGUUUCUUCUUGCCUUGUUCCGAUUUGGACGUGGUGUCACACCUUUGUCGAAGAUGCUUUCGCAGCGGCGCAUUCGGCUUUUGGCCAUCGCCGUGGUGGUCAUAAUCAUCAUGACUUUCUACUAUUCGAGUGAAGCCCGGAGUGUUCAGAAUCAACAAUUCUACCGAUCAACCGUGGCGGCGAUGGAGGCUCAAAAGCAGGCAAAGGAAGCGGGAACCGCAGCCAACAUCCCGCCACACAAGGACGAGCCCAAACAGAAUCCCAGCAAGGAAGAGACGAAGCCUGCCAUGGACAACGAUAAGGAAGAACCGGCCAUCCCCAAGGCCAACAACAAUGACGCGGACGAUGUAGAAGAGAUCCCGAUCGCGGGCAGAACCAAGAUGACAGUACCCAAGAACCGAAACGAUCCGGAGAAAGAGACGUCGGAACAGCCGCAGGAACAGAAGCCGGAGACAGAUGAUCAUGCGGCUGCGGUGGCCGAGCUGAAUGGCAUAUUAAAGCGGGCACCAAUCAUUGUAUUUUCUAAGUCUUACUGCCCAUACAGCGCCAAGGCGAAGUCUAUCCUCUUGGACAAAUACUCAAUUGUUCCUGCACCUUUCGUGGUGGAGCUGGAUAAGCAUGAGUUGGGUCGGCCGCUGCAGGCGUUGCUGGGAGAGAAUACCGGGCGUCGCACUGUCCCGAAUGUGUUGGUCAACGGGAAAAGCAUUGGAGGAGGGGAUGAUGUGACGGCUCUGGACCAAAAGGACGAAUUGGCUUCAACAUUGAGAAGCAUGGGGGGUAAGUGGGUCCAGGAGGUCCAUCGUAAAGAGUGAAGCCACUCGGAAGGCAGCAGAGACUAGUAUGGCCGGAUUGACAGAAGCAAUGGGGUUUCUGUUUUUUGAACCAGCAGGCCAGGCACUGAAACCAUGGUCUCC